AUGCUUGUUAAGAGAGGCCCUAGUAGCUGCAGUUACUAGUGAGUUGGGCGGUUUACACUGCACUGUACUCAAAAUCUGAAGUCUUCUGAGAAUUUGUCAACUGCAGCCGGUUAAAGAGGAAAACGAUAGUGACCAUUUUAUUAAUCUUAUUUACAGGGCGUCGUAGCUUUUAAAGUCCGCUUAGUGGGUAGAACGCUUUUUCUAUACAAUUUAUUUUUUUUUACUUUGAUAUCUUGUUUUGGAUCGUUGUCAGUUGAGUUUCGUAUUAUUUUCCGUAGUUGGAUUUGCGAAGACCAGUUGGACUUUCGUUUAUCUGUUAUUACUUUCCUUGUAGUAUUUUAUUGGAAAUUCUGCAUGUCCCUAUCUGUUAGAGUACACUAAGGUCAUUCACCGGGUCACUAUUUUCACACUGGCUACAAUUAUUUUCGGAAAUAAAGGGUGAAGGAAAACAAAUCUACAGGAAUAAUGUUUGACACGACAAGAAUCCCAUUUGUUGUCCUGGAUGUUAUCUGCGUUGUGAUGGCUGGCUUGCCAUUGGGCAUUCUAAACCUUGCCAAAACAAAACCGUUUCAAAGAGGCUUUUACUGUAGUGACGACAGCAUCAAGUAUCCCUUCCAUAAUGGUACCAUCAGCUCCACUGUCCUAUAUUCAGUAGGGUUCACACUUCCCAUAUGCUCUCUGCAUUGCCAUUUGCAAUUCUCACACCAAGACAUAAACCUUUCAAACGAGGAUUUAACUGUGAUGAUGAAUCCAUCCAAUACCCUUACAAAGAAGAUACAAUAUCCUAUGAAUUGUUGGGUGGAAUCAUGAUUCCUCUCAUUUUUUUUACUAUGAUCAUAGGAGAAGUUCUUUCAGUUCGUUUCAGUAAUUUGCACUCAAACUCAUGUAUCAGAAAUAGCUAUGUUGCCACUAUUUACAAGGCCAUUGGUGUAUUUCUGUUUGGUGCUGCUGCGAGCCAGUCACUGACAGACAUUGCCAAGUAUUCAAUUGGACGACUUCGACCACACUUCAUAGAUAUAUGUAAACCAGACUGGACAAAGAUUAACUGCAGUACAGGAUACAUUGAAAACUUUUCUUGCCAAGGUGAUGAAAUCCAUGUCAAUGAAGCAAGAUUAUCAUUUUAUUCGGGUCACUCAUCUUUCUCCAUGUACUGCAUGCUGUUCCUGGCUCUUUACCUACAGGCCCGAAUGAAAGGUUAUUGGGCUAGACUUCUGCGUCCCACACUUCAGUUCUUCUUGAUUGCUGCAGCUAUCUAUGUUGGACUGUCACGUGUUUCAGAUUAUAAACAUCACUGGAGCGAUGUACUGACAGGACUUAUCCAGGGUGCUAUAAUGGCCAUACUGAUUGUGCUGUAUGUAUCCAACUUCUUCAAAGUUAGAGAGGAGUUUACCCAGAAAGAUGAAGAAAAACCACACACAGUAUUGCAUGAAUCAACAAGUGGUAAUCAUUAUGGCAGCAAUCACCAGCCUUAGAGGACUGAUAAAUACAUCUUGUGAGCUCAGACUUUUUUUUUUUUGAAAUGGAAGAUACGCAAAGUAAAAAAAUGUUGACUAGAUGGUUACAUCUCUUCUUUCUUAACCAAAAUGCCUUUAAAGGACUGCUGCUGCUGUAUUCCUUCACUAUUGAUGUGUACAUACAUGUAAACAACUCAGACACACCCCUUUUCCACUCUGUAUUAUUGAGAGUAUAAGCAAAGGCUUUAGAACCCAGUGAAUAUCUGUGAUUGCAGCUCAUCAUAAUAAAAUGCUUAUACAAUGUAUUUAACGUUAUUUUUUUAAUUAAAAUAAGAAACAAUGCUCUUUAUGUACAGGUUGUUUGAUGCAUGCUUGAGGUCACUGUAGACCUAAAAGGAAAUAAAAACUUGAUAAAGUG